CCAACUUUGCCCCUCGAGCUGGAGCACAUGAUCAUCGGCUACUUGCACGCAGACAAAUCCGCAUUGAAGGCGGCCUCUUUGGUUUGCAAGGACUGGACGUGUGCAGCUCGCCGCCAUCUCUUUCGCUCGGUAUCGGUCAUCGGGGUGAACGAC